GCUCAGAAAUACAAGGACCGGUGUUCGAGACUAGGAGUGGCAGAAUAGUCGAGUGGGAUGAGUGGGUGAUCAUCCUAGAGGACCAGACAUUCUCCAAAAAGGCAAGAAACCCAGUCUCCCUCGACAUGGCACAACGUGUAGCAAUUUCACGGGGAAUGGCAGCCUCGAGAGAAGGUAUCUCCUGCAGCUUCACGAUGCAAUUCUCGCUUUACCACGCCCAAGAAUUCACAGCCUCCCUCAAGAUAUGCAUCAAAGGAACUGAUUUCAUCAGGCAAUUUAGGCAGCAGGAUCAGCAAUGGGCAUGAGGAGGUGGCAGCACAACAUCCAUUAGACAACCAGGUGUCAAUUGCAGAUCCUGGGAUGAUGAAUGGCAAUAGGAGCACCAAUUUGCUUUCUCCAGUUCAAGGUGGACAGCAUAACAGAGGAUGGUACAGCUCUAAUAGUAACUUAACCUCAUCAGAUUCUACACCUAGUUCUGAUCAAAACACAGACCCGGGUCAGGGCAUGGAUUCUUCCCCAGUAGCAGGGCCUCUAGAUGCACUUGGAUUCUCAGAAAAUGAAGACAACAGGAACACCUGCUUGUAUCGCAUGCCCAUUGUGGGUUACGAGGUCCUUGAAGAACGGUCUAGAUUUACGGUGUUUAAGAUACAAGUCCUUCAUCAGCCAACUGGUGACCAGUGGUUUGUCUUCCGUCGGUAUACAGACUUUGUGCGCCUGAACAAGAAGCUGAAGUUGGAGUUCCCAGGACUGCGAUUUUCACUCCCGCCUAAGAAAUGGUUUGGUGAUAACUUUGACCCAAUAUUCUUGGAAGAUAGACAGUUGGGCUUACAAGCUUUUAUUGACAACAUAAUUGGGCAUGCUAGAAUCCGAGAAAAGAAGUGCGUUCGUGACUUCUUUUGCCUUGAUGAUCCUCCAGGUGCUCAUGACACUUUAGAGGAGAGUCGGGCAAUGUGUCAGAGUCUGGAAGAAAAUGUUUCAUAUUUGCAAGAACAGCUCCGUGAGAAGGACAGUGAGAUUGCAAUUCUCCGAUCACAAGUCAACUUCCUUAUGGCACAGCAGCAGACUCUUGUAAAAGCUCUAAGGUUAGAGUGUGAGUUGCAAAGUACAAAUGACCAUAGCCCAGGCUCCACACAUGAGCUAAACUUAGCUCUCCUUAAUAUAUGUGAGAAGAGUAUCAAUGGAGGCUUCAGUAAUUCAAAUCUGUUAUCACCUGCAAG